GGGUGACGGUCUGGAGGACAGUUGGGAUGGAAAUGCCUUAAAAUCCAUUCAAGAUGCCGAAAAUCAAGCCUUGCGUUGAAGAAGACCUGAGGACCGGUGUUGAAUCUCUGCCGACGCGGUCGAAAACACCACAGAAAAGACAACAUCCUAGUGUGUUUCACGGGGAAAUUGGGGGUAUUUGUGAAGAGGGUACCCCUGCUGCAGCCCCUGCAACACCGGUACAGAAAAAGAGGAGAGACAGCCUCAGCCCCGGUUGUGUGGAUCAGGCUCCUACAGCUGUCGUGAAUCCUUCUCCAGAGGCCCCGCUGCAGAGGUGCGAGCGCCAGCAAAACCAACAGCGGACCCCGGAUCCUGAAGCCAACGGAUCACCAGACGUGCCGGGCCACCGAGCUGUCACAACAGUGGCUGAGGUCCAUGCAGUACCUCCACCCCGCUACCUGUUAGCAACCCCGAGACCCCAGACUCUUCCAAGCCGGUCUGUGUCACCAGCACCCCGCACACCUCUCGUGGUUCCCGAGAAACACCAUCUAGUGUCCGAGGAAGAUCACUGUGUCAACCUCAAAGCGGUAACGCAGCCAGAAGACUAUUUGAAGGUACGUUUGGAAAUAAAUAAAAUGUGUAUAUAUACACAUUGGGCCCUAUCUUGCCAAUCUAAAACGCAAGUAUCAAACGCAAAACGCAAGUAGCUUUGUGGGCGGAUCUCGGGCGCUGUUGCUAUUAUGCCGGCGAGAUAAAUGACUCUUGCACCCGGCGCAAA